GGCCCCUUCUUGUCACGAGGCGUGGAAAGGUGCGGCCACUGACAGCGACACCUUCUUACACACUUCCUGAACAGGUCCUUCCAAUAACAACAGCAUACCCUGAUACCUUCCAAGUGGUUGCUGCCAGCGUGUGCGUUGCACAGCAGUGACAUCAUCAAGGUUUUUUUCCCACUGCAAUGCGAGUCAAACGUGAGUCCUUGCGGUGGAGGACAGCUUGCACAGAGGACUGUCCUUCCGGAACGACGUCGUCUUGAACGCAGCAAAGAAUAGGACACCGCUGAACAAAACCAAAACAGAACAUUGGGACCGCCUUCUCCUCCCCCCACCCCCACCACCCCUCUCGCCUAUCCGGACUUGUGUGGCUUUCUCGGGCGAUGCGGGGCCUCUGAUCACCGCUCAGCCGCCAGUCAAGCCGAGAAGGAGUGAGUGCAAGACGGACUGAAGGCGCAGUCUCUUCCCGCCUCGAAGAUUGCCCCAUCCAGCCUGCCUCCAACAUGUCCACGCAGGCCAGAGUGAAGAAGGACAAAGAGAUCAUAGCCGAAUAUGAGAGCCAAGUGAAAGAGAUCCGUAACCAGCUGGUGGAGCAGUUCCGUUGUUUGGAGCAGCAGUCGGAGUCCCGCCUGCAGCUGCUGCAGGACCUGCAGGACUUCUUCCGUCGAAAGGCCGAGCUCCAGCUAGAGUUCUCCAGAGGCCUGGACAAACUGGCGGAGCGCUACUCGGCCAAGAUCCGCACUUCAAGAGAGCAUCAGCAUUUCAAAAAGGACCAAAAUCUCCUGUCCACCAUUAACUGCUGGUAUUUGGUCCUGGACCAGACCAGGCGGGAGAGCAGAGACCACGCCACACUCAGCGACAUGUACAACAACAACGUCAUUGUCCGUCUGGCGCACGUGGGCGAGGAUGUCCUCAGACUUUUCAAAAAGAGCAAAGACAUCGGGGUGCAGAUGCACGAGGAGCUCGUCAAAGUCACCACGGAGCUCUACACAGUGAUGAAGACGUACCACAUGUACCACACGGAGAGCAUCAGCGCCGAGAGCAAGCUGAAGGAGGCGGAGAAGCAGGAGGAGAAGCACAUCGGCAAGGCCAACGACAUCAGCGCCGCCUUGAUGCGGCAUGGUCACGACGACCGUCCACAGCGACGCAGCUCUGUGAAAAAGAUGGAGAAAUUGAAAGAGAAGAGGCAAGCCAAGUAUUUUGAAAACAAGCUCAAGUGCACAAAGGCCCGCAAUGAUUAUCUUCUCAAUCUGGCAGCCACGAAUGCCUUGGUGGCUAAAUACUACAUCCACGAUGUGUCCGAUAUGAUAGAUCAGUGUUGUGACCUGGGCUUCCACGCAAGCUUGACACGCACCCUGAGAACCUACCUGUCGGCUGAGUACAGCCUGGAGACGUCUCGCCACGAGGGCUUGGACGUUCUAGAAGGAGCCGUGGAUGCCAUGGACGUCCGAGGAGACAAGCUGAAGUUCAUGGACACGCACAGCCAGAUGUUCUGUCCGCCCUCACGCUUCGACUAUCAGCCGCACAUGGGGGACGAGGUCUGUCAGGUGAGUGCGCAGCAGCCUGUCCAGACGGAGCUCUUGAUGCGCUACCAGCAGCUUCAGACACGCCUGGCCACGCUCAAGAUAGAAAACGAAGAGGUGAGGAAGACGAUGGACGCCACCAUGCAGACCCUUCAGGACAUGCUGACAGUGGAGGACUUUGACGUUUCUGAGGCUUUCCAGCACAGUCAGUCCACAGAGUCGGUCAAAUCGGCCUCGUCGGACUCCUACAUGAGCAAGGCCAACAUCGCUAAGAGGCGAGCCAAUCAGCAGGAGACUGAGGGCUUCUACUUUACUAAAUACAAAGAGUUCUUGAAUGGCAGCAACCUCAUUGUCAAACUUCAAGCCAAGCAUGACCUUCUGAAGCAGACGCUGGGAGAAGGUGAGAGGGCUGAAUAUGGAACAACAAGGCCCCCUCUACUCCCCCCUAAACCCCAGAGAAUGCGGAAGUCUAGACCUCGCUCCGUUUUUAGGCGUAAGCUGUUUAACGGCAAUCUGGAGGCCUUCAUCCAGGAUUCAGGGCAGCCCAUACCAGUGGUGGUUGAGAGCUGCGUCCGAUACAUCAAUCUCUAUGGUCUUCAACAACAAGGUAUAUUCCGAGUUCCAGGAUCCCAAGUGGAAGUCAACGACAUUAAAAAUGCAUUUGAAAGAGGAGAAGAUCCACUGGUGGACGAUCAGACUGACCAUGACAUCAACUCUGUGGCGGGCGUUCUGAAACUCUACUUCAGGGGUUUGGAGAAGCCGCUGUUCCCAAAAGAGCACUUCCUGGACCUCAUAUCUACUACGAAACUUGACUUUGGUUCAGAUAGAGCUCACCACCUUCAGCAGAUUAUUGCCACGCUCCAGCAGCCUGUGGUCAUCGUCCUGAGAUACCUGUUUGCCUUUCUAAACCAUCUCUCCCAGUACAGUGACGAAAACAUGAUGGACUCCUACAACCUGGCUAUCUGCUUCGGCCCCACGCUGAUGCCCAUACCCGAGGACCAGGAUCCUGUGGCCUGCCAGGCGCACGUUAACGAGGUCAUUAAGACCAUUAUCGUCCACCAUGAGGCCAUAUUCCCAACCCAGCGUGAGCUGGAGGGACCUGUGUAUGAGAAGUGCAUGGCUGGAGGCGAGGAAUACUGUGAGAGCCCCCACAGUGACGCUGGCGCUCUUGAUGAGGUGGACAACGGUACUGGACCCAACACCAGCGAUGAUGAGUUGGAGCAGAUUGAGGCCAUCGCUAAGUUUGACUACGUUGGUCGGAGUCCCAGAGAGCUUUCCUUCAAGAAGGGAGCCUCACUCUUACUCUACCUGCGGGCUUCUGAGGACUGGUGGGAGGGACGACAUAACGGUGUGGACGGUCUCAUCCCGCACCAGUACAUCGUGGUGCAGGACAUGGAUGAUGCGUUCUCUGACAGCAUUCAGAGGACUGACAGUGAGGCCAGCAGUGGAUACCAUGAUGACCGAUCCUCAUCCAGGCAUGAGCACCAGUCUUUAUCUGAACAUUCUCUGGAACACCGCUUCGGAGCCGCAUUGGGAAGGGUGAGAAUGCGUUCAGAAGGCGGUCCGCUCCAGCGCCACAGGAACGGCGAGGGCCACAGCCCCACCAGACACGCCCCAGACCAGCCCCCGAAGGUGGCGCCUCGGCCCUGCAGCCCUCACAAAAUAGCUGUGAGUAGGGGCCCGACGGACAGUCCGGAGAAACGGCAUCUCACCACUUUUCAGCGAUCGUCUCCCGGCAUGGCUCGGCACGCCAGCGUUGGAGACCACAAGACCCUGGAGGCGGAAGCGCUCGCAGAGGACAUAGAGAAAACAAUGAACACAGCCCUCCAUGAGCUGCGUGAGCUGGAGAGACAGAACGUCGCCAAACACGCGCCAGAUGUGGUCCUGGACACGCUGGAACCUCUAAAACACCCCUCCGCUGGUGGUGGUGGUGGUCAGGAGGUACCCGGCAGCCCCCUGCACACCAUGGUCAUCAGAGAUCCUGACGCAGCCCAGCGGCGGAGCAGCAGCAGCUCCUCCUCUGAAACGAUGACUACCUUUAAACCCGCUCUGGCGGCGCGCAGGCCCAACGCACCAGUCAGGCCGCCGCCCGUCAGACCGGUACGACCGGCUCCCGUGCUCACACAGGGCCAGGGGCCGCACCGUUCCAGUAGCUCCAGUUCGUCAGGUCUGGGAAGUCCGGGCAUGACACCCACUGACAGGGUUUUCCCCAAAGCGCCUUCCCCGUCCCCGUCCACGUCCUCGUCCUCCUCAGACAAACAGGGUAACAUGUAGCAGCAAAACACGUCAGUCUGAUGGCCUUCACUCUGGCAGCACCAAGUCUGUAGUUGGCUUGUAAAUUCUCCACUCAUACACUACAGUCAAUACUACACUUCCUUAUGAGCAGUAGGGGCGGACCAUUUGCAAAUGUUGGUAUCAAUCCAAUACCAAGUAAAUACAGCGCCAUUGUUGUUGAUAGUGAUACUUUUUACUUGAGAUAUUUCAAGAUCAUUGAAUGAGUUUGCCUUUUAUAAUACGAGUAAAACACAAGACAAAACAUUUUCAGCAAACAAUUGAGCAAUGCAUAGGUAUAACAAGUAGGGGUGCACGAUAUCAGGGAAUUUUAACAUCAAACCAAUAAAUCUGAUAACAUUCAAAAUAGCACAGAAAAAAAAACGCUCCAAUGAGGCAAGAUCACCCAUACUGUGCAGGUGAGCAAACAAAGCGCUCCUUUUCUCCCCUGCCUGUGACGUUAACGGCCUGUCGUAACUUCCCCUGAACUCACUUGUACACAAACAUUCACUCAGAGAAAAAAAAACCCAAUCGAGCACACAAAAAACCUCAUCAGCCACCUGAAACGCAAGCACCACAGCAUUUGAAAAGUGCGAAAGGUUUGCCAGAGACCUCCGUGGUGUCACACCGGCUGCUCAGAGCGUGUGCCCAAAUACAGUGCACCUUGCUGGGCCACGCCAGGUGGCUCCUCCUGCUCUAUACUCUGGUUCUCCUGAUAGUAGUGAUGUGGUAGUAGCAAUGUCAUGAUAUUUGAUUAGGACAAAUGAACAGGUACAGUUGGUCGAAUCCUAAUUUGUUCCAAUCCUUCUUACCUCCGGGUGUGCAAAAGACGGCAGUUAUAUCUACAUUUCUAAAAAGUAGAUAUAAAAAAAGUUGUUGGUUAUCAGUACCAUAUCGGCCUUGAGAAGCAGUUAUAGGUAUUGGUUUGAAAAAAUGAUAUUGUGCAUCUCUAAUAACAAGGCAAUGUAACAAUAGUAACAAAAUAAUACAAUGAAUCCCUUUUAGUACAUACACUUGUUAUUAGUAAAAAAAAAAUAGGCAAAGAAAAGCAAAAACUACUAUAAAAUAGUGUAUAAAUACAUACAUUUUAUUUGAAUAACAACAUAAAUACAUCAUGUAUCGAUCCGAUACUGAUACAACGCUAUCGAUAUACGGAUCAAUCCACUGACCCUAAAUUAGCAUAGUUGCUAACUCUUUAAGAGUCCAUUUAUUGAUAAUGAAGUACAAAUGGAUUCACUGGAAAAUACUUUCUACCAAUAAUGAGACAUCUCCAUUACAGUUAGCAAGGUACAAAUAUGCUGGUACUUUUCAGUCUGUGACUCCUUCAUAGUCAUCCUGUGGAGCUAUUUUAUUUUCAUUAAAGCCCACCUGCAAAAGUACGCGAGGCUAAUAAACACCGCUGGUUGUUGCAGGGGGCAGGUGUGGCUUAACUGAAAUGGGCGGGGCUUUAUAAUUGGCCACCAGCUUAAUACAUUAUGGUACACUGUGGAGGGAUUUGAAAAUUGUCUCCCUCUAGUGGCAGCAGGAAGUAACGCAACAGCCUCACAACUUGGAUGGCAGCUACAGUAUGUCUUUUUAAAUGUUACAAAAAGAGUCAUCUUUAAUAGGAUUAAUAAUGGAGGCUUCCACACUAUAAAGAGCUUUACUUUAAUGUCUCUUCACAGUGGACUCCGCUCUAAUAGACAUCACUGUCUCAUAUAAAGGGGAUAUUUUUUACCACAUUUUCAACUUGUGGUGCGGUACGGUAUGCUACACAGCACUUGAUUUGUUUACAGUUCCCACUGUGGGCAUUUAAUUUGCCAGAGAAUUGAACAAAUAAGAAAGCAAUCUGUAGCGCCCCCUAGUGGCGUAGUUCUUCGUUAAAAAGAAGACGCAAAAAAAAGCGCACUUGUAACGUUAUCGCUGCCGAAAAAAAAUCCAUCGUGGUCCUUACCCCCGCCACCCCUAAGCUACUACUGCCCCCCUAAAAAAAAAGCCUGGUGAGGAACCCACGGUACACUUUCACAUCCUGGUUUGGUUUCAAUAUGCAACUAUUAAAGCACAAAGAAGGCUAGAAGUUGCUUUAGCAUCUGAGCUAGUAUGUUAGCUACCUUUGGACGCAUUGACCAAGCACAACCUUCUCUGUUGUGUCAACACGAGAGCAAAAAGGCUUCCGUACACACGUCAUUCCAUGUAACUUUGGCUUAGAAAUAAAAUGCAGUUGUCAGUAUAAUCAAGUAGACGUCCUGCCAUGAAGUCAUGCACUUAAAGUCACUAGCAGGGGUCGUGGUGUUCAUUUUGUACUAGAAACUUGACGAUAGCACAUCAGUGAAGCUUCAGCCACGUCUACGUGGUCUGCUUCCACACCACCAUCCUCAAAAUAUGCUGUAUAUCUUCUCAUUGGGUUGACUUGUAUAAAGAAUAAAUAACUGUGUAUGAUAGCAACAGGAUAUAUUAUCAUCUCUAGUCUGUAGAUUUUGGUUACGCUUAUCCUUGCACAAGCAGUCAUUAAAGAAUACGUCGGGGGAAACUGGCCAUGUGUUAUUUGUCUUCGGCUUUUUCAACAAUUAUUAUAUUUAUUAUUACUACAAUGCACCAUUUUGUAGCUUGUAUCUGUAUCUUUUUUAUGGAUGUAUUUUAAUCAUUUGUGUCAAUUUGAUAUUAUUUUGUUCAUAUGUAU